AGGAGUACAGUGACAGUGACUCCUUCAGUAGUUCAGCGCCAGCCGAGCUCACUUCAGGAGGUACCUAUUUGUGUGACUGUCAGGGGUUUUAUGGUUCACUUUGGAAAGUUCAUGGUUGGCUUUACCUGUUUUCCACUCUGGACUUUCGCUGUAUGUUUGAGUACGGCAGUGUGGGCGAAGCCUGUUGGAGGUCAGCCUCGUGUGAUCGGGUCACUUCAGCCAAUCAUCGCUGCUCCGGGUGAUGACGUCAUCCUGCCGUGCCACCUGGAUCCUGCUUACAAUGUGGAGGAUCUGACGGUGGAGUGGUCGAAGCCAGAUCUCAAGCCCGACCCCUCUGAUCGUCUGAGCCGGGUCGACUACGUGCACGUUUACAGGGACGGACGUGAAAACCUGGACAUGAAGCUCCAGUCGUACUUCGGCAGGACGAUGCUGUUCACAGACAAACUGAAACGUGGAAACAUUUCUCUGAAGAUCACCAACGUAACACAGGCUGAUGGAGGGAGAUACAAAUGUUUCAUCCCCAAGUUAAACAGCCAAGUGAAGGAGUCGAUUGUUCUACUUAUUGUUGAUCCACACUUUGUUAAAUCCUCGACAACAGAGACGCCGCUGCUUCCCACAAAUGUCCAAACUCCUGAUCCAAAGGAGGAGACGGAUGUUAAAGGUGGUCGAUCCCAUCUGGGAUUUUGGAUCCCAGCUGUGGCUUUCUGCAUCUUACUUGUCCUGGGUGUUGGAGUUGGUGCUGGAUGUGUGUUUAAACAGAAGUUUCACAAAGUAAAUGUGAUGGAGAAGGAAAGCAAACAACUUGUCCCAGUAUGAUGUCACUCCAGAUGAGCCACUUCCAGCCAAAGUGUCUUCCUAAAGAGCUCGUUAGUAUUUGAUGUUAACGGAGAUGAGAGUGUUCUGCACAUCUCCCUCUCUUGGAUCUUCCUCAUCAGUUCAGGGAUUCAGACCAGCAUCACCUCCAGCCAGAAGUGGAUCCACUGGAUCAGCAGGAGGGAGCUCUUCAUGAUGGACACAGAUUACCAUCAAAAGGAACAUUAACAAUGUUGAAGGAGACUUUUAAACCAUCGACAGAGACAAUGAACUGAUUAGUAAAGUGUUUACUGAGGGAAUAAAUCAUUAGAGAAGUAGGCUCACUUUCUCACUGACUUCAAUACAAUCUAACUGUUUUUGCAACCAGUUUUGCAAUCCCUUUUCAGACACGGAAGUUCCCUCUUCCUCUCAUCACAUCAUUAGCGGCAGGAUCGCUUUCAGACUUUAUAUUUAUUUUUUAUAGUUUGCUCAAAUUUGACUCCUCCUCAGUCAUUUUCAAGUCUUUCAGUAGCAACCAGACAUGACAGCUAUUUUACCUUAAAGAGACACAUGAUGGACGAAAAAGACGACAGAAAAGGUGGUGAUGGCGCAGUGGUUAAAACACAAGCUUUGAUGUGGGAGAUCCAGGUUAAAUUCUCACUGCAACACAUUCACCAGUGUGUCCCUGAGCAAGACACUUCACUCCUAGCUGCUCCAGAGGCGUGCGACCUCUGACAUAUAUAGCAAUUGUAAAUGUAAAAAAUGUUUUUAGUGCCAAGCCUUUCUUCAUCGUCAGACUCUUCUGCCCCCAAGGGAGGAUAACUGUGAAAACCCUGUUUUGUUUGGAGCUGAUAUACAUGAUUGUUUUCCAAAUGUUACUUGACUGUAAUAGACUUCAUAUCAGUAAGUGGCAUAAACCACAAACAUGAUGAUCAGGAGCUGGUUCUUGAUUCUAAGUUCAAAUUGAGCCUCAUUGUAACAUCAGUUUUUACCAAGUGGAGUUUUACUGGGUUGUAUCUCAUAAACUAGUUCUUUUGUAGAGA